AUGGGGCCCCUGGGCAAUAGGGGAUCAUGGGGCCCCUGUGUCCUUGCCCAAACUCUAAAAAGCCUAUGAAAAAGAUACCAGGGGCAUCUCAUGGGGCCCCCUACUGACCUCGGGCCCUGGGGCAAAGCCCGAGUUUCCAAAUGGUCAGUCUGCCCCUGGUGUAGUUAUGUUCUUUUUAUAUCUAUACACAAAUGUUUAGCCUUUCAUUUCUAUUUUAAACUAUAUGGGUUGUUUUAGGUGAGGGUUUACAUAUACUUUAAUAUCUGCUCUGAGCCCGUCCUUUGAACAAUAAUGUUACUAAUAGUUACUA